CGGAUUGCUAGCAUAAACUAUACCUUCCUAAGUUCGGCUUAAGUUUAUCGCUCUCCUUUUCUUUCUUCCCCUUACUUCAUUCUUGUCUAUCGCCAUGUCGGGCGUGAGCCAGCAGACCGCGAAGUCUGCUACAACAGCCACUUUCGUCACUGCCCUUGUAUUCAAUGCUGCAGUUUUUGGGAUUGAGAUUGGCCUGUUCACGAUACUACGUCCUUAUUUCAAACAAGUUUAUGAGCGACGCACACUAGCUCCGGUUGAAAAGGACCGUGUCAAACCUUUCGAAGCUGGAUUUUUAACUUGGCCUAUUGCCCUAUUCAAGACAGACUAUCGUGAUGUUCAACAAGUCAACGGACCAGACGCCUACCUUUUCGUUCGGUUCUUGCGGAUGAUGAUUCGCGUCCUUCUCCCUAUCUGGUUUAUUUCCUGGGCCGUGCUGAUGCCAGUCACCUCUGUCAACAAUUCUACCCCCAACAGCACAGGACUGGAUCGCUUCAUCUUUGGCAACAUUUCUAAACCACACAAUGAUAGAUUCGCCGCUCACAUUAUUCUUGCAUACCUCUUUACUUUUUGGAUUUACUGGAAUAUCAGGCGGGAAAUGCAACACUUCACCACAGUUCGGCAGUUGCACCUCAUCAAUCCUGCUCAUUCCAGCUCUGUGCAAGCAAACACGAUUCUUGUAACUGGUAUUCCUACGAAAUAUCUUUCUGAGCCCGCGCUUCACCAGUUGUAUUCCCACCUUCCUGGUGGUGUGAAAAAGGUGUGGCUCAAUCGGGAUCUGAAGGAGCUUCCCUCUAUCCACGAUCGUCGCCUGGCUGCUUGCGGAAAACUGGAGUCUGCAGAGACAUCACUGCUUUCAACGGCCGCUAAACUUCGACGAAAGGCAUUAAAGAAGGCCAACGGCGCUGGCGAUCCAUCCCCUUCAGCGGAUCCUGAGCGUAAUGUGGCUUUGGCGGAACGUCUGGUUCCUCGGGAUAAGCGGCCUUCGCACCGUCUUCCAGCCGGUUUUAUGCCUUUCUCACUCCCUUUGAUCGGCGAAGAGGUCGACACGAUCGAUUGGUGCAGGCAAGAGAUCGCUGCUACUACGGGAUUGUUAACUCAAGGUCGCCAAACUCUCGCCGAUCAGGGCCUUUCGUCACCAGAAGAUGUUAAUGGUGAUGGAAAGGUGGACAAAAAUGACCGCGCCAAACAACCUUAUCCGCUUCUCAAUUCCGCAUUUGUCACUUUCAACCAACAGAUCGCUGCUCACCUUGCAGUUAACGCCUUGACUCACCAUGAACCAUACUGCAUGGCCGACCGGUACCUCGAAGUAUCUCCACCUGAUGUGAUCUGGGGUAACCUUGGCCUUAAUCCAUAUGAAAAGCGCAUCCGAAUGGUAGUUAGCUAUAGCGCCACUGCAGCUUUAAUCAUUUUCUGGGCCAUUCCCGUUGCCUUUGUCGGUAUCAUCUCCAAUAUUGAAGGCCUUUGUGUUCGCGAAUCAUGGCUCGCUUGGUUAUGCAAGCUGCCAAGCCCUGUUAUUGGAAUCAUACAGGGUAUUCUACCCCCCGUAUUACUCGCCGUCCUCAUGAUGCUCUUGCCAAUUGUCCUUCGUCUACUUGGACGAUUCGAGGGUAUUCCGACGCGCACAGGCCUCGAAUUGAGCUUGAUGACUCGGUACUUCAUUUUCCAAGUAAUCCACUCGUUCUUGAUCGUUACGUUGAGUUCGGGCAUCUUUGCGGCUCUCCCAUCAAUACUCGCAAACCCCAGUUCGGUAGCUGGUCUCCUGGCUCAAUAUUUGCCUCAAGCAUCGACUUUCUUCCUGACAUACAUUCUUCUUCAGGGUUUAUCUGGCGUAGCUGGCGGAUUUUUGAGUGCUGUUGGGCUCAUCAUUUACUACGUCAAGCUGUUUAUCCUUGGCAGCACGCCACGCGCUGUUUAUAAUGUCAAGUAUGCACCGACAACUGUUGCUUGGGGAACAUUAUUCCCGACUAUCACUCUGCUUGUCGUCAUCACGUUUGCUUACUCGAUCAUCUCUCCUGUGAUCAAUGGCCUUGCAUGCUUUACAUUUUUCCUUUUCUAUCUCCUCUACAAGUACCUCUUCCUUUACCAGUACACGCAGCCACCCUCGGCUGACACAGGAGGCUUGUUCUUCCCGAAGGCGAUUCAACACGUGUUCGUUGGGAUGUAUGUCCAGCAGAUCUGUCUCUGUGCCUUGUUCUUCCUCGUGGAGAACCCGGACGGGAAGCGAGGCGCGCUUCCAGAGGGCGUGCUCAUGAUCGUGUUGAUCGCUCUCACCGUCGGCUACCAGGCCAUCAUCAACAGCUCCUUUGGUCCGCUCACCAAAGCUCUUCCACUCAGUCACGCGCACCAGACGUUCAAACAUGAUGUCGAUGGCGGGUCAGGCUCACACCGCAAGGAGACCGUUGAAGAGAUCGACGAGGGACCUUCGCCGACUGACAAACCUCGCGCCUCGUCCUCUGAGUCAGGGGCUGAGCAUGCUCCGCGCAAUGACUAUGACGAUGUAUUCUUUGCGCGCGGGCCAGACGGUGCAGAGGAUUAUGGAUUUGCGCAACCGGCUGCGUGCCUCCCACAGCGCAUUGUAUGGAUCCCCGAUGAUUCGCUUGGUUUGGGCCGUGAGGAGGUCCAGGCGAAUAAGGAGUCGAGCGUCAAGGCAACCACCCAAAACGCGAAAAUGGAUGAGCACGGGAAUGUGGAGGUGACGGGUCCCCCUGUCGACCUUGCAAAGUUCUGAGAGAUGUUGUGGAGUAACUGAGGUUUUCUUUUUUCUUUUUGGCUCACCUUCUUCCCCACGUCUUGUCAAAUGCGGUAUCCAACUUCCAUCCAGCUUCUUAUACUGUACAUUGCACUUCACGCUGGUCAUACAAUAAAUAUUCACGUCAUCAUCUCUGAUGUUUCAUUCAAUCAUGUCGAUUAUCGUCAGUUUCAUCUAUCUUGAAUACCCCUUGUUCCAGUACAUAAUCUUGUUAUACGUUUACGAUGGUCAUGUUGCAAUCUAGUACUUUGAGUCACUGAA